AGCGAGAGACAGCGGCCAUGAAACGUCCGAAGCUAAGGAAAUCCAGCAAACGCCUGAGCUGCCACAAACGCUACAAAAUCCAGAAAAAGGUCCGGGAGCACAAGCGCAAGGUGAAGAAGGAGGCCAAGAAGAGCGGCCCCAGGAAACACAAGAAAGACAUCACUGUCCCUAACGCUGCCCCAUUCAAAGCUCAGAUCCUGCAGGAGGCACAACUCCGACGUCAGCAGCAAGAGGAAUUGAAGCAAAAGCAGAAAUUAGAUCGACAGAAGGAAGUGGCAAAGAAACGAAAGUUGGAGGAGAAGAAAAAUAACAAUUCUGAAAAGAAAGAAAAAAGGGAUAAAAAGAGAAAAGUAACUAAAACUCCUGACGAUCCGGACGUGGUUUUGUGUCGGCAGGUGAACAAGGUGCUGGAGCAGAGCGAUGUUAUUGUGGAGGUUCUGGAUGCCAGGGACCCAUUGGGCAGUCGAUGUUCUCAGGCGGAGGAAGUCGUCCUUAAAUCCCCCAAUAAGAGACUUCUGCUCCUUCUCAAUAAAUCAGAUCUUGUGCCCAGGGAGAUGGUAGAGAAGUGGCUGCAGGUUCUGAGCGCUGAGCUUCCCACCGUGCCGUUCAGAUGUGUUGCACAAAUACAGAACAAGAGUGAGAAGAAGAAGAAGAAGAAGGUUCCCGUCAGCGCUGAUCUGGUCACAGACCCCAAAUGUCCCGGGGGGCAGGUCUUACUGAAGAUCCUUCACAGCCUGUGCCCCUCCCACAAUGAGGCAAUUAAAGUGGGUGUGAUUGGAUUUGCCAACGUGGGGAAGAGCAGUGUCAUCAACAGCCUGAAACAGUCUCACGUGUGUAACGUCGGCCCCAGCAAAGGCACCACAAAGUUCCUGCAGGAGGUGCGACUGGACCCCCAGAUUAGACUGCUAGACAGCCCUGCCCUGUUGGUGUCGCCCCACAAUCCGCCAGUUGCGCUCAUGUUGAGAAGUGCGUCUGAGAGUAAAGUGGACGUGUUGGCUGCAGUGGAAGCCAUCUUGAAACACUGCUCCAAACAGGAGCUGAUGUUGCACUACACCAUUGCUGACUAUAGGAACAGCCUGGAAUGUCUCACGUUACUCGCGCACAGACGGGGGAUGCUGAAGAAAGGGGGCGUGCCUGACACAGAGGGGGCCGGACGACUGCUGUUUAAUGAUUGGAUGGGACCAAGAAUGAAAUAUUACUGCCGGCCCCUCGACUCUCCUGUCUGUCAGCCCCACAUCAGCAGAGAGGUUGUAGCAGCGAUGAGCAGCGGCAUCUGUAGCGAGGAGCUGGCCAUGGACAACGCUUCUACCCUGAAAGCCCUAAAAUGCCCCAACUCUGCCAACAUAGUGGUCUUUGCCUCCGUUGGACCUACCAGCGCCAUCAUGGAUGAGACCCAAUUGGUGGAUCCAGAACCAGAGCUGAUUGAAGAAGAGUUAGAAGAAAAUGAUGGAGAGGAGGAGGAGGAUAUGGAGGAGGAAGAAGAUGAUGAUGAUGAAGGCAGUGAGGAGGAAGAGGACCUGGAAGCCAAGAGUCUGACACAGGAAGUGACAUCUGCAAAAGAAAAGGAUUCAAAAUCAGCCGGUCCGGCCGUGAGCUUUGAUCAGGCUGCAGAUGAUGACACUUACGAUUUCAACACCGACUUUGUAUAAAACGCUGCCGAGAUUGUUCCUUCCCAUUGGAUCACACAGUCCUGCGUCCUCAUUGGUCAGCUGCACCCUCUGUGUGACUGGGGAGACGUAAAGCCCUAUAAGGGUCACACAGGGGUCCCACCGCUAAUGCCACAUCCAUGUAACCCUGGCUCCCCCUCAGCUGCAGGCUGUGGCCCCGACAUGCAGAAGGGCAGCCUGGGAAUCCUCUAUUCUACUUCCAGGUCCAUGGAUUGGGCCAAACGCUCCUCACAUGGAGAAUGUCCUGGGUUCUGUGAAUCUCAUAAUAUGAUCUGCUGUAUCUGGAUUUCACCUUUCAAUAAAAAUAUUUGGAUUUUCA